GAUAUGCAACUCUAUUUUUCUGUCUUGACAGGAUCAUGAAGGCUUUCAUAGUUAGGUUGAUCUGGAGACUACAAUGACAGGUCAUAACAAAAUCCGUAGACUUGCUGUUAAUUGCAAUAUAAUUUAUUUUGUACUUAUAUGUAAAUAUUUCGAAGACAGGAAUCAACUACAAAAUUGUACAGAUAUGAUUUGCCCUUCGAUGAGGAAGUUAAUUUGCAUGGCGCACAUUGCUGUUGUUCCAAGGGCACAGCGCAGUCAUUUUAAUGGGUGAUAUAUUAUAAGUGACCUAAUGCUGUGACGUUCGAGACGUUUCCACGCAUUAACAGCAAAAACUGCAAAGCCGUCGCAUGUUGAAUCGGUCUGGAGUUGAACUUCGUGUUAGUGACUCGAGCAAGAAAAAGAGAGAAAGAGAGAGAGAGGGAACAGAAAGGGCCAGAUAAAAAGGAGAAAGAGGGAACUUGUAGUGAGAAGAUCGCCUUCGGAAGACGCAACACUUCAAAGUGGGAUUAUACACGGAAAAGCAACGUUUUAUCUACUUAUUUUAAGAGCGCUUAUUUCUUAAUGAUGUAUAGCAACAGCUUUGACCAUGGGGAAAUGAAGGACUCUUCCCUGUAUCUGUGAUCAUGCUAUCCUCAGGUGAGAACGAGGAGAAGAUCAUUAUUAAUGAAUAAAGGAAAAAUAUUAAAUAAUUAAUAAAGUUGGUGUGAUGCCAUGCUAGCGUUUUUUGGGGGGUAAAAUGCAGUAAGAGGCCGCUAAGGGACGCCUCAGUGUAACUAUUUCCUCAAUUGCAAAAUAAACCUCCAUUAUCUCUUCGCAAAUCUUAAACUAAAGGAACUAGGAGCGAGUGGCGGAAACUCCCAAAGCCGUAUGACAGUGCACACAUCUCCGUGAUGUCCGGCUCCAAUUUAACUCCCCCUCCUCUCCUGUCUCUGGGCGAGGAGGAGGAAGAUGAGGAAGAGCCAGGAUCUAUGACAACAAAUGGUGAUCGGAGAGACUCCUGUGCCACUACGGGAGUCAGAGAAAGUAAUGACAGGGUUGGUGUCCGUGCAUCCCAGCCUGUCUCAGUCCGCAGGUUGAGACUACAGAGGCAGAAGGAGGUAAGCGACUCCAGUUGGGAUCCCUCGGAGAAGGGAUCUCUCACUACAGCCAUGCGCAAAAAAUACCUAAAGGAGUUGUUCUUGAGUAAUAAUCUGAGUAGUGGUUUCGGAAGCAUCUUAGAGUCACCCAGAGACUCCGCUGCCUCCUUUUCCAAAGAGUGGGACAGCCACCCAUCCGACACCACUGAAGAGGGCAACAGCGGCAGCUCGUUCUGGGCUCUGGAUCCCACGGAGCACGCUUGGAUGAUCUCAGUGGUGGACGGCAAUUACGACACCAUCAUGAAUUACCUUUCGGAGGAUUUCAGCCUGCUGACCAAAAAGGACUUCAUCAGUGGCUUUACUGCUAUUCACUGGUUAGCUAAGUACGGGAAGUACGAGACUCUUGUGAAGCUCCUGAGAUAUGCUGAGAAAGAGGGCUCUCCGGUCAACGUGAACCUGAAAGCGGGUGGAGGCUUCACACCCCUCCACAUAGCUACGAUGCACGGGCAGAACAUGGUCAUCAAGCUCUUGGUGGGAGCCUUUGGCGCUGAUGUGGAGGCCAUGGACUACAGCGGCAGACGAGCUUGGCAGUACCUGAAGGGAAGCUCUUCGGUGGAAAUAAGGGAGCUGCUGGGCGCGCCAGACUCUCUCUUUGAGACAGCCGGGCACCAAAAUGCCAACAACAACAGCUCGUGUGCCAUGAAUCUCACCAGAAUGGAGCCCACCGACAACGAAGUGUGGACAGACUCCUUUUUCAGGACUCGUGAUUGGUGGAGGUUUGGCUCUUUGAAGAAGCUGUUUGCCCCAAUACUGCAUAUUGGCAACAGUAUCCGCAGUUCAACUCAGAGUAAUGAAAAUGUCGAUUUUAAGUCAUGCUCUGACUAAUCAAUAUGUAUAUGUUUAUAAAAGGAUUUCAGCAAAUGUUUCUUGAAAAUAAGAGAAAAUUAUAUUGUUUGAUUUUAAAUGACUUAGAUGAAGGGAGUAAUAAAUGUUGGGAAAAUAUUUAGUCAAAGGCAAAAAUUUAUUCUAAGCACAUCCUAUAUAUAACCAGACCUCGUGCCUUAUUCAUUGCAUGCACCUUGUGUUUAAACAUGCACAUUUCCCAUCAUAGCAAAGGGGAGAAUGUAUGCCCAAGUCUCAGAGUGGGGAAAUACUCAGGACAAAUUAUUCUCAAAGUUUUUGGAAUACAUGAAAAGACAGGUCAUUGCAUUUGGACUUGUACUACUGUCGUCUGCAUGAAUUAGAAGUACCAUUAAAUUAAGAAUCGUUCUCUUUCAAAUAUAUUCCUCAAUUAAUAAAGUAUUAAGACAAAACUAA